GUGAAGUCACCUGACAGGACGCUGCCUGACUCCCUUCGCUCUGCACAGCACAAGCUCUCCUUGCCGAGUGGUAGUGAAAGCAACUCUGCAGGGCUUUGCUCUGCUCAGCAGCCUGCAAAACUGAAAUCCAGCUUUCUACCACCUACUUACCGUCCAGGGGGGUUGUGCGUCUUCUUGCCUUCUGUGUCUUUCCCCAAACCUCUGUUCUCAAAAGGAAACUCUGUUCUGCUGCUAGCAAUGCAUCCCGAGAGGUGGCUAUGUUCGUGCUACCCCACUUUCUGUGUGUGGGCAUUCGUGUUCACAUCCUUGAUUAAAGAUACCACAGCCUGCGAAUCAGAGGAACGGUUAUUUCACAAACUCUUCUCCCAGUACAACCAGUUCAUCAGGCCGGUGGAAAAUGUGUCUGAUCCCGUCAGAGUGUAUUUUGAGUUGGCCAUUACCCAGCUUACAAACGUGGAUGAAGUCAAUCAGAUUAUGGAAACAAAUUUGUGGCUUAGACAUAUUUGGAAUGACUACAAACUGCGAUGGGAUCCCAGCCAAUAUGAUGGCAUUGAAUUUGUUCGUGUACCAGCAGAUAAAAUUUGGAAACCAGAUAUCGUCUUGUAUAAUAAUGCUGUGGGAGAUUUUCAAGUUGAAGUAAAGACCAAAGCCCUCCUUCGCUAUGAUGGAAUGAUCACCUGGACCCCACCAGCUAUUUUUAAAAGCUCCUGUCCUAUGGAUAUUACUUUUUUCCCAUUUGAUCAUCAGAAUUGUUCGCUCAAAUUUGGCUCAUGGACCUAUGACAAAGCCAAAAUUGAUCUUCUAAUCAUUGGAUCCAAAGUAGAUAUGAAUGAUUUUUGGGAAAAUAGUGAAUGGGAAAUAGUUGAUGCUUCUGGCUACAAGCAUGAUAUCAAAUAUAACUGCUGUGAAGAGAUCUACACAGACAUAACAUAUUCCUUUUAUAUUCGAAGGUUGCCAAUGUUUUACACCAUAAAUCUGAUCAUUCCCUGUCUUUUCAUCUCAUUCCUGACUGUGUUAGUUUUUUAUCUGCCAUCUGACUGCGGUGAAAAAGUGACCCUUUGCAUCUCUGUGCUCCUUUCUUUGACUGUGUUUUUACUGGUGAUCACAGAAACAAUCCCAUCCACCUCUUUAGUAAUUCCCCUAGUAGGUGAAUAUUUACUGUUCACUAUGAUAUUUGUGACUCUGUCAAUUGUCAUUACAGUGUUUGUCCUGAAUAUACAUUACAGGACUCCAACCACACACACAAUGCCCGAAUGGGUAAAAACCAUCUUUCUUAACCUGCUCCCCAAAGUCCUGUUGAUGCAGAGGCCACUAGAACAGCAGAAAAAAAAUUACUCCAAAAAACCCAAGAAAGUAUCGGACAGUAAGUCAGGCAAGUCAAAGCACAGCAAACACAAAGAUACCAAACUGCAGAGGGAGCAGCAGCGAUGCAGUCACUGUGACAAGGCAACUGAACUCGCUACCACCACGAGAGGACUGAGCCAUCAGUCACCGAAAUGGAUGGUGGAGCAGGUGGAGUACUCCCCAGAGGUGAAGGAUGUCAUCAGCAACGUCCAGUUCAUCGCAGAGAACAUGAGGUCUCAAAAUGAAACCAAAGAGGUGGAAGAUGACUGGAAAUACGUAGCUAUGGUGAUAGACAGAGUAUUUCUGUGGGUAUUUAUAAUCAUUUGUGUGUUUGGGACUGCAGGACUCUUUAUCCAGCCACUAAUAGCAGAUAAAUAACUUGAUCCGCUGCUUUUUACCCACUUUGGGGUUUGUUUCAUUUUUGGUUUGUAAAUUUACCUUAUAUUUCUCUCCUCUUACAUAACCCAUCUGCUCAUCACCACCUCAGCACCCAGCCACAGAGGGUCCCAGAUCAAUAAAGCACAUGUUUAUAUUUGUGUUUGAAAUCAGACAGGUCUUAAACAGUUAAUCAUAUUUGAAGACAAACUGAGUUAAUAUUAGAAUGUGCUAACCAUAUGAGGCGUACACAUUUGAAAACUACAUGAUCCUACAAUUUUGAAAAACUAGUUUUUCUGCCAUUUAGCUUUGCAUGUGACUAAAGUCCCCUCUGCUUCCUAAUACUGAAUACCAAGACCUUGAUGAGCUUCAGUGGGAUUUCCAAGCCACAUCUCUCUUGUCAGAUUAACAAUGGUCCUAGUUCCACAGGAGUUUCCUCUCUGAAAACUCUUGCUUGCUUGGGCUCAGACAUAAGCCCAAUAUGGAAGGGUUCAUUCCUGAGUGGGUACUGAUCACAGACAGAAUUGGCUUGGCAGAAUCAGACUGAUCUGAGUUUUUCUGUUUUUAAAGCUGCAGGUCAACUUAGAUUAUACACAUCUCAGGAGGAAAAGGCUGGAUGUCAUGAAUCCUAUGCAAAGCUGA